AUGCCGCCGUUACCCCCGCAGAAGCCGCAAGGAGCCGUUCCGAAGGGUCCAGCUCCAGGAAUGCGCCCACCGCCGGCUGUUGGACCAUUGGCUCCAUCAGGACAACCUGGGAAAUCAAGGAACACUACCCAACUGGAAUUCUUGUUAAAGCGGCAGAACGAGUUCAGGCAUGCAGCAAUGCAAGCAAAAGCUCAAGGAAAUAUGGAAUUGGCCAAGAAAUAUCUGCUGGAAUCUAAGUUGAGUCCAAUUGUAGUCCUGUUUGUCAGUGAGGCGACUGGUUUCGAUAAAAUGAUAGCAGCUGCCCAGGCCGGCUUGCCUGUUUCAAUCAAAUCAACUCCUAUUCCUCCUCCAAGCAACUACCUCCCAAGCGACCCUUCAACCUCGAAUCGUUCCUUCAGCGACAAGUACUACAGGAAUUGA